AUGUUGGCAAAAUUAAGAGCUGGGAAAACCAGCCAAGAUGUAAAGGAACAUCGAGAUUCACCAAAAAGCAUCAACUUCCAUGAGGAGUACCACAGGGCAUUAAGGACAAAAUCCUAUGUUGAUUUCUUCAAUAAAGUUCAAUUACUUGCAAACCAGCCUUCCAUUAAUUACAAUCACAACAAAUUAUCAAAAACCCUCCUUGAACCUUGCCAAGAAACUAUACCUUUCAUUGUUGACUCAACAACCCUUUCAAAGACACCAGAACUCAAAAACCUUAUGCUCAGUUACUUUGACAUUAGUGCUGAGGCCUCACAGAUUUGCAGCCAACUUCUCAAAAGCAUCAACCAAGUCCACUCUAAUUAUCAGUUCAUUCAAGGAGCACUAAACAUUAAGGAUGGUGACUCUUUGGAAAAUUUUGAACUAAUCAUCUUUGAGCUAAACUCAUUCAUCCACAGAAAUAACCCAUUUUUAAACCUUCAAAACCAUGACUUCAAACUCGUCAAUGAUAAGCACUCAUCAUUAUUGCACCAUCUAAAGUCAACGAGAAAAAAGGUGGGAAGGAAAAUUCAGCUGAUUAAGUAUUUGAAGAAGGCGUCUAAGAUUUGUGUCACAGCAGCUUGUGGCAUAAUACCAAUCAUAUCCAUGAUUAUAGCAACACACACACUGACAGCACUAAUCAUGGGGCCAGCAAUUCUCACUAUCCCAUUUAAGCAUCUUAAGAGGAAGCUUCAAAGCUAUAAUUUUCCAGGAAGUGGGUCUCUUAGUAAAGUUUAUGAUCAAGUUGACAUAGCAGCCAAGGGAACUUAUAUAUUAAAUAGAGACUUUGACACAAUAAGUAGACUUGUAGCUCGGCUUCAUGAUGAAAUUGAACAUGACAGGGCAAUGGUGCAAUUCUGUUUGGACAGGAAAGAAGAGAGAUUCUCUUUGCAGAUUGUGAAGGAGCUCAAGAAAGUGAUGUUGGGUUCAGGACACAAGUGGAAGAACUUGAAGAACGUGUGUACUUGUGCCUUGUUACAAUAA